AUGCCUACUGUGUUAACUAAGUUCACUCCUUACAGGCGCCCAGAUGUGGCUAUCAGUGCCCUGGACACAAGAGCCAUUGGCUAUCAAGAACCACUUGUCAUCACCACUCCGAAUAUGGAUUGGGUACCAGAACUCCACAAUGACGACCUAGAAGAACUCAGGGCUCAAGCAGAUGGACGUUUUGGAGCUGCUGAUUGUUUCCAAUGGCCACAGAUGUAUUGUAAAGAGUUUGAAUAUGCCGUCUGCAUCCCUUGCAAGGAUGCCUCAUCAAUUGACCUGCAAUUUGCCUGGUUCACUCCCACUACAGCCGACUUCACCAUUCAACCUGGGACUGCAUUCACUCGAGUUCAACUGUGGCAGGCAAAUUGGGCAGGCAAGAAGGACAUUGUCACUAACAUGCUUGCAUCCCUCAAGCAUGACAUCAAUGUGCUCCGGCGACAUCCCUUGACGUACCACAAUAUCAUCAUCUUUGUUGCCCAAGCACAAUGCUCAUUCCUCGACAUCAUGGCUUUCAUGGACUUUGUUGAGAUAGUUCAACCUCAUCUCACCUCAGGCUGGUCCUCUUGGGAGGCUUAUAUUUCUCCCCAGAUGAACAUCAUCAAACUGGUCAUCCUGACAUUCCCAGAUGAUCUGACAAGGAACGUCUAUUGUGAAGGCAACAUUGCACAGCCAUUCCCCCUCCUGUAUCAUGGCCCUGGUGGCUUCAACCAUCACUUUCAUACCUGUCGGGCCUACACUGGCACUUUCACUGUGAACCCUGGUGCCCCAUUGCCUUCGACACUGCUUCAAACCCCAGCUAGUGGUAAAGCUCCCUCUCAGGGACAAAAAAAUAAGAAGGCACAAAACAUUACUUCAUCUCAAUUGAUGAAGCUGAAAGUUUCUAAGGUUGCUGACGGCCAACCUAACCAUGACAAAUGGGAGGACCUCCAUCACCCAGAAAACCCUGAAGCCAUCGGCUUUUGGACUUCCACCUUCCAGAGAGCAAACAAGGACAAAGAUUGCAUCAAAAAGGGUCUCGUUGAUCAAGGGUAUUGGUUCCCUGAGCCUGCACUUCUCAUUACUCCUAGUUCACCAGAGUUCGCGUCGAUCACAACCCUCCAGAGUGCUUUCCAUCACCACAACUUUGGUCCUACUGCUGCAGCCUCACGGAAGCAAGCAGCCACACAAAUAUUUGGCGAAGAUCUUCGGGACACCCAGGGAACCACAUGGGCCAUUGGUGAGAAUGUGCAGUGGCAUAAUAUUAUUUUCCCUGAAGAGGGCGGCUUUGUGAUGUGGUCAUCAUCUUUACCCAAUGACAACAGUGGGUUGUGGAGUCAUCAGAUGAUUGACACUUUCCCCUAUGUUGAAAAUUUCUGCAAGCUGUUGUCCUGCUGGGAGGAUUCCCCAUCACGCCUCAAUGCACCAUUGGAUGCAAGUGUUUUCAAUGUUACUAUCAAUCUGAGUCAUGUGUUUAACCUAAUGCCUCCGAACCUUCUUGAAUGGAAAUUUUCCCUCAUUUUCACCCUCCACUCACUGUUACACCCUGACUAUGCGUCUUACGGUCCAUUUUUGAACAAUGGCGAGGAUAUCAGCAUCUCGCAAGCUCCAGAUACCUUGCCUAUUGCUGAAGGUUCUGUUGAAGAUGGAAGCCCUGAACCCUCCCCUACCAAUAAGGAUUCUGGUGCACUUGCAGAUGAUAACACUGUGGUUGAUUCUACUGUAGAUGGCCCUAUACUCUUCAAGAAGCGCAAGACAAUAUCAUCAGCAGUGCAUGACAGUGACAAUCAAUCAGGCAGUAUGUUAGACAAGUAUUACUGCAUUAUAGCCAAGGGUAAGGGGAAGCAGCUACCUCCCCCUGCAGAUGAUGAAGAGCAACACAAUGAUCAGUGUCAGGCUGACCUUGACGAUGGUCAGCAGCAAGUCGACCUUGACGAAAAUUCUGGUGAUUCCCUUAUGUCUGGCCAACUCCUGCAAGAAGCCAUUGAUAAGGCCGUCACCUUGGGUGACAAAACAGCUGCAGAGGUGGAGAAGAUUGCCAAGGAUUGGAACAUGUACCAAGCAUGGUACAAGAUGAAGCACCCCAAGUCUUCUGACAUGUCUACAAAUGACUGGAAGCAGUUGCAAUGUGACCAUUGGGUCAAACACUGCAAUAAGCAUGAAAACCCCAAAUUAUGGAAGGAGAUCCAUGAGUUCUGGGACGGGAGCUCCAAGAUCACAGAAGAGUCCUCAAAAGCAUUGUACAACCAUAUCAUGGCUGUAUGCGAUGCCUUCACCCUCAGUUGCCAAGCUUAUUUGUGCCUUGAGGAUAUUUAUGUGGGGGGUUUCAUAUUAUAUACAGCUCCAAAAUUCAAUCCUGAGCUCGCAUGCGAGAAAUGGGAGGGAACUCAUGACCACAAUUGCCAUGUAGCUCCCAUUAUGAUGCUCAAAAAGUUUGCUAUAGAAGGUGCUGGCAUCCUGCACGAGGCGAAAAAUAUUCCCUGGAAAACUAUGCUCAAUUCAUUAUACCUUCACCAAGCACAGGUCAUCGACUGGCCUGCAGGUGUCCCUCCUGUCGGCUCUGAUUUUGUAUUCAAGGACUUGAAGACAGACAAGCUCAAGGCACUGGUUGGUCCCUACUUAAAGCGCUGCAUGGGCUCUGACUACAAUGUGGAGCUUGCUUGUGUCAAACACCCAGAGCUGAAGAAGAAAAGGAAAGUUAAGUUAAGUGGGGUGAAGGUUCCUGAGACAGAGUUGAUGUUCGUACCUUGGUUGGAUGAGUCUAAAGACUUAAUGAGCAAUGAAGAUUCCACCAUGUUGAACAUCCCUCUCAUCACUGACAUGGAUGGUAAAGUCCAGCAUACUCUCAUGGACUGUGUUCUGUUUAUGAAGAAUCUGCCGCCUAGUAUUGAGGUUCUGGACUCUGCUGGUUCCCCCCCUUGCAAUUCUCUGACUCCUCAGCCCUCCUCACCACUUGUCUGGUCCCCUUCUCCACCAUGUAGGGAUCACCACAAGGUCAUGUCACUUCCCCAUCCCAUCCCUACCAAAGUCCCUCCUUAUCAACCUUUGUCACAGAAAGCCAUUAUUCCCAUGACCAUCAGCAGCAGCGUCACUUGCAGCACUGUCCCACUCAACAACCUCAUCAUCAUAGCCCAUCACCACCUAUUCACCAUUCUCGUCAUCAUGGCUAUGCUUGCUCCAGAUCUCUGGUCCAACACCAGUAUGCAUAUACCCAAGAAUCUGCCCCUGUUGCUGGUGUCUCCAAUGGAAGAUGAAGAAGAGGUGGAGGUAGAGGAUGGUGGCUAUGAUCAUGAUUACUUCGAAGAUUAUGAAUGA